GUGUUAUGCAAUAAUUGACUCACAAUUUAUGUCCAAUAGUUUAAUAACAAUCACAACAACAACAACAACAACAACAACACGUGUUGGCCAUCACUUACCAGUUGGUCACCAUUGACGCCAUGGAUCGCUUGCCAUCAGCCGAUGAUAUACCGUCCAUACGGCCGCUAAUGGCCAACGGCUCUAACGAUAGUCGCCGCCACCAAUCGAUACGAUUGUUAAGCAUUUUCGGCAAUCAAGCGUCGGAAGUGAUAUUCGCUACCGUCGAGGACAAAGUCUACGGUUUUGGUCACAACAGGUACGGACUACUGGGACUGUCGACCGACGAAGCAGAUAUCCGUAGGCCACGGCUUAACACGACUCUCAGUGGCCAACAAGUGGUCAACAUUUACUGGUCGUACGAUUCGUGUUUUGCUCGUACACUGACUGACCAAUGGUACGGCUGGGGACUCAAUAUGUACGGCUCGCUGGGCGUACGUACGCCAACACAGUGGUCAACGAAACCGUUACUGAUUGAAGAACUAUCAACGAUAGCCGUAGCGGACAUAUCGUGCGGCGGCAAUCAUACGCUGGUAUUGGACACCGACGGUCGAGUGUACGGCUGGGGACACAACAAAUUCGGCCAAUUGGGCGACCAAUCAUUUAACAAUGUUUUUGCACCGAAAUUCAUUUGCGACAGCGAUUUCCAAUCGUUGAGUUGCGGUAUCAAUCAUUCGGCUGCACUGACCACUCGGGGCCAGGUCUACGCCUGGGGUAUCAACGAAAAAGGACAACUGGGCUGUCAUCCCGAUGGUGAACGUCAAUCGGCCCACAAAUACUCGGUACGCAAUGAACCGCGACCCGUACGCGGACUGCCCGACAAUUGCCGACAGGCCAUUUGCGGUCCCGACUAUACAAUGGCAUUGACCAGCGACGGUCUGGUCUAUGCAUUCGGUUUUAAUUCGUGGGGACUAAUACGCGGCCAAAUGACCGGCAUUUACUAUACGCCGUGUCUACUGGCCGAUAAUGUCCGAUUUGACACUAUAGCCGCUUCACGUUUGGGCCGAUUGGCUAUCGGUGUAUCGGUUGAUAAUGUCUACUAUUUUUGGGGCCGCGAGCCGUCGACACCGGAGUAUGAAUGCGAUCCCAACAGAGUGUUAACCAUUGACCAGAUGUAUGCCCGAUAUUCGCGCACAAAUAAGACACUCAAGACAUUCAUAUUGAAAGAGUUGGUCACAAAAGCAGUGAACAAGACAUUCACGAUGACGACGACUACGACGACAACGGAUGUCUUGAAUGAUGACGAUGUCUACGAUUCGGGAGAUGAAAGCCAAUCGAUAACAACAACACUAAGUGAUGUCAAUUCAUUGAUAGGAAAGCCUAUUAUUGACCGACCAUUGGUUUGUAGUCGUGAGACGACUGUUGUUAAUCAAGUGAUCAAAACUAGUGAUAAUAAUAGCAAUAAUAGCAGUCAUAAUAAAUCUAUUAGUGAUAAUCCAUUUGUCAGCAUUUUUAUGGACAAAAUUUUCUCAUCAUUUAACUCAUCGAUCGAUUCAGACAUUGUGUUCAUUAUUGAUGGCCAACACAUUCAUUGUCAUCAAACUGUUCUCAGAUUACGUAACAAAAUGUUUUGGCAAAAGUGUCGGUCAGUAGCUGUCGAAGUGGUCAACAAUAACAGCAAUAACAACAACAUGAAGACAGUGGAGACCAUCGAUGAGAUACACAUCACUACCUAUUCGUACGACACUUUCUAUCAGUUUGUCCGCUAUUUAUACGGCUUUGAACCCGAAAUCAAUGACUCUAAUUGUAAAUCACUUAUAAAGUUAGGCAAAGUCUACGAUGAAGACCUACUAAUCGAUCGCUGUAUUGAAUAUUUAAUUAAAAAUUAA